AUGCCAUCUCAACCGAGAAUCCAUCUCGUGCGCCACGCACAAGGUUUCCACAACCUAGGUUCUGAAUUCCACAGCCUCCCCGACCCCCGCCUAACACCACACGGGGAAUCGCAAUGCGCAACCCUCCAAGCGGAACACUUCCCACCCGAAAAGCAACAAAACAUCUCCCUCGUUACAGCCUCGCCCCUCUGCCGCACAAUCCACACCGCGCACCUUGUCUUCUCGCCAGCCCUCCACAACGGCAAAUGCGUCCCGUGCAUCCUCGCCAUCCCAGACGCCCAAGAAACCAGCGACUUCCCCUGCGACACGGGAUCGGACCCCGAAGUCCUGCGAUCAAUAUGCAAGGAAAACGGGUGGAACGUGGACUUGUCCUUAGUCACGGAAGGAUGGAACAUCAAGACGCUGGACAGCCGCUACUCACCUGCAAGCGACGCGAUCAAAGCCCGGGCGCGCGAUUGCCGUGUCCUACUGCGUCAAAAGGCGCGCGAAUUGAGUCAGCGUGGUGACACAGAUGUGGAACUCGUCCUCGUCACUCACGGCGGAUUCCUGCAUUACUUGACCAACGACUGGGAAGACGCCGAUAACUUGUCCGGCACGGGCUGGCAGAACUGCGAGGCUCGGACGUAUGUGUUUGAGAACGAUUUUGCCGACGACGCCGAUGGCGAUGCUUAUUUCGUGGAGACGAUGGAGUCGCGCACUAAAAGGGGGAAGAAUUACCCCAUGUUUGACCACCAGAAACAAGAGGAAUUGUUCCAUAAGACCAUGCAAGGGUGGGAGGACCAGGGUCUGCAGAACCCGGCUAAGUUGGGUGUUCCGCUCGAGCCCGAGGAUGCGGAAGUCAAUGAUGCAGAGGUCGAGGGGCAGAAACCGGCUGCGAAGAAUAUGUCUCUGGAUCGAAAUUCGGGUGAUGUCAAGGUCAUGGCUUGA